UUGCCCAUUGUCAAGGCGAACGCACGCGAGCAGCGCAGCGAAAAUACCAGCAGAAGAACUCAAAACUCCUCCGAGAGCAACUUAUAUAACGACUGAUUAGCCCGGAGUUUGCUUUAGUUAUUCGGUCAACUCUCGACGGUCAAGUUCGCAGCGAUCUCGCGACUGGCCAAACCAAAAAAAUAAAUCCCAAAACCAACCGAGUCGCGUUGCCAGGAACCCUUUAUCCAAGGAACAACCAACCAAGUCAAGUGCAACAUUCAAUCCCCAACCCAUGCAAUGUGCAAUGUGUGUAAUCAGCAAACAGUGAUCAUUUACAUACAUGAAUAAAACUCAUCUCGAAAGUGAAGCGUGACUCAGCAUCGAUAGCCGAAAUAAAAGGCCAUCAGCCAGCAGGAGAACAAGACAAUCCGAAAGGAAAGGAUACUUUUCGGUCACUUCUGACUAUCACGACCCCGAGUUACAGUUGCAGUUGCAAGUUAUUCUGGCCAAAUACAGAGACCGAACCGAUCUGGAGUUUUGAGAGGAUUGAAGACACGAGAGCAAACAGUUAAGACAAAAUGUUUCUACGCCGCUGCACCUUUCUGCUGCUGAUCUGCCUAAUUGCGAGUGACGCCGCCAGCGCCGCACGCAAAACAAAACGUCCUGUCAAGCCGGUCAAGCAGACCAAUCCGCGCACCAAUGUGACGCCUUCGCCUCUGGCAGCCGCCUCCUCGUCGGGCAGCUCCAGCUCCACACCAGCCAGCAGCACCAGCACUACAAGCACCACGGAAGGAAGCGGCGACCAGGAGGCAGUGGGCUCCACGGUGGGAUCGGCAGCCGGGUCUCAGGCUCCAGAAUUGCCCAAGCCCCUGGCCACCCCUGGCCCCUUUGAUAGCCCGCCGGAGGCGAAGACGGACAAGGCACCAGCACCCGGAAUCCAGGAGGAGGAGUGCGAUCCAGAUAUGAUUGGCUUCGAGAUCAUUACCGGCUACGUGCUCUCGGCACCCUCGAAGAUGCUGGACACUUUGCCCGGGACUCUGAUGCUCACCGACUGCCUGGAGGCCUGCCAAAAUAACGAGUCCUGCAGCGCUGUCAACUACGAAACCGGAUUGUGUGUGCUGUUCAAGACGACUGCCGAUAAAUUGCCAGGUUCACUUUCGCGCUCACAGUUUCCGGUUUUCACCAUCUACGCACAGAAAUCGUGUUUGGGCGUGCGUCCUUGCUCGAAGGCCUGGUGCAUCGAUCGCGUUCAAGGUUACCGCCUCCCGGAGCACGUCAAAUCUAGUCAGACGGUUCUGUCGCGCCGCGACUGUUUGGAACUCUGCUUGGGCGAGACCGAGUUCACAUGCCGAUCGGCCAACUACUACCGCCACUCGGGUCUCUGCGAACUGUCCGACAUGGACCGCAUUACCCUGUCCGCCGGCGGAAGCGUGGAGCCCUACGACGGAGCCGACUAUCUGGAGAACAACUGCGCCGAGGAACCCAGCAAACUGUGCGAAUUCAAGAGGAUUUCGGGAAAAAUCCUAAAGACAGUGGACUCCGUUUACCAGGACAUCAAUACCAUCGAUGAGUGCCGCGAUCUCUGCCUGAACUCUCCUUAUAGGUGCCACUCGUAUGACUACAAUGAUACCGGAGACAUGGUCUGCCGACUGUCGCAUCACAGCCGCGCCACCUUGACCGAUGUGAUGGAUCCCUACUUGGAUGUCCCGGAGGCAGCCACCUACGAACUCUCAGCCUGCUAUAACGUGUCCAUUGAAUGCCGCUCCGGGGAGAUGAUCACCAAGAUCAGGACGUCCAAGCUGUUCGACGGCAAGGUCUAUGCCAAGGGAGCCCCCAAAUCCUGCGCUGUGAAUGUGAACAACUCCCUGGAGUUCGACUUCCGCAUGGGCUACAACGAUCUGGAGUGCAAUGUGCGACAGAGUGCCUACGGGAGGUAUAUGAACGACAUUGUGAUCCAGCACCACGACAUGAUUGUCACCUCCUCCGAUCUUGGACUCGCUGUAUCCUGCCAAUACGAUUUGACCAACAAGACUGUGCUGAAUGACGUUGACCUGGGAGUAACCGGGGAGAUUGAGUCCUCGCUGAGCGAGGAGAUCACCAUUGAUUCGCCCAAUGUGAUUAUGAAGAUCACCUCUCGCGAUGGCAGCGACAUGAAGAGAAUCGCCGAGGUCGGCGAUCCGCUGGCCCUGCGCUUCGAGAUCGUGGAGCCCAACAGCCCGUACGAGAUCUUCGUGAGGGAACUGGUGGCCAUGGACGGCUCCGACAACGCCGAGAUAACGCUGAUCGAUGCUAAUGGCUGCCCCACCGACCAAUACAUCAUGGGCACCAUCCAGAAGCUGGCGCACAAUCGCAAGGUGCUGCUCUCGCAGUUCGACGCCUUCAAGUUCCCGUCCAGCGAAGUGGUCCAGUUUCGUGCCCUGGUAACGCCCUGCAUUCCGCGCUGUGAGCCCGUGAUUUGCGACAGCGAAGAUGGCGCCAGUGGAGAGCUCAAGUCUCUGGUUUCCUAUGGCCGCAAGAAGCGCUCGGUGCUGAAUGGAACCGAUGGAGCCGAGUUCUUGCUCAGCACACGCAAUCGCCGUGAUGUGGGCCCUGUGGAUGAUAACAUACUGCUCAUGCAGUCCAUACAAAUCACAGACAAGUUCGGCUUCCAGCCAGAGGAUGGCACCACCACUACCCAUGCCAAUGACAGCGGUCCCCACGAGAAGGCCUAUGCGGGCGUGGCCCAGGACAAGCUCACUUGCCUUAAUGGCUAUGGACUGAUCAUGGCCGGAGCCCUCUUCCUGCUGGCCCAGCUGAGCAUCUUCGGGAUCUGGAAGACCGUGCAGCGCCGCAGCAGCAAGGAGCGCUACCUGUACCAGCACGAGCCCACGCCCACCAUCACCUACGGAGCGCCCAGCAUGCUGUACGGACCGCCGCCCAACUCCUCCGCCGGAUCCUCGGCCUCGGGAGCGUCCUACGGCGGCAGUGCCAAGGACACGCUGAGCAAACUCUACGACAGCGGCAUCAACGGGCGCUACGGACAGCAGUUCUAGGGAAGAUCUGGGUGGCUCUCGCUGUUUGCCGGGAACACUUAGCUGGGAACAAACGCAAUAUGCCUCGAAAGCUUCAAAAGAUUCGAUGAGACUUGAAUAGAAAAUAUUCGCCUAGCAGCGACACAUGAAAAUCAUUGGAAACCCUAGAUUAAUCCAGUAUAGUCUAAGCCUACGAUUAGUUUACACUUAGAGUUUUGACUCCUUUUUUUUAAAUGAUACGCCUAUGAAUAUCUCUCAAGAAUGCGCGCUUUUAAAUGCCUUGGAAAUCGAGGUUCCAGCAUUUUAAAUCGGCGCAUUGCCAAGAAAAGAAAAGUAAAGAACGGAAAAUUGAACCCGGCUAAAUUCUAAUUAGUUUAGAGCUACUUGCAAUCUCUCUAGCGAAAGUUAGGCUAAUUAUAUGUUUAGUGAGAAAUCUGCUUCAUGUCCUCGAGCGAAUUGCAUUUAUAUGACUAUUAUACUAUUUAUUGAUAACAUUUAAGCUGCUGACAAUUUACCCACAAAGUUUGCCAAAUAAUUUUGUAUCAAAAUGUUUUGCGCCAGGCUUUUCUGUGCAAGGCGGCAUUUCCAAAUUUCCGAGGCCCUAGCCCUAGAUCCCCCAUUUUAACAAUUCCCCACUAUUUAUUUGCUAACCGUACUUCUUAUUAUUUAUUAAUUUAUUAGCCGAAACGCAAGGCGGUGCUAAUUAUUAGGAACUUCCGAGAGACUUUGUUCUCGCGAAGACAGGAGAAGAAAAUUGAUAAACGAAGAUUUGAUAAACGAAUUGUACUGAUUAAGUAAUGCAAUAAACUCUACGCCUAACGAAAUAUAUUUAUAAAUAAAUGUCUAAAAAUAGA